UUGUCAAAGAGCUAUGGAGCGUAGCAUUUUAGGAGUAAAACGGAUUGACCGAAUCCGAAACUCUACGCUGCGCUCAAAAACACGCAUUAUUGAUGUUGGAGUCAAGACCGCCAAGCUGAAAUGGGACUGGGCAGGCCAUGUUUGCCGUAUGCAUCCACAGAGGUGGGCUAAAGUAGCCACAGUAUGGAUGCCGCAAAACGGACGAGGAUCUGGCAGGCCCAGGCGGAGAUGGCGGGAUGACCUGGACGUGUAUCUCAACAACUGGCCGGAGAUCGCCCAGAACCGGGACGAGUGGAAAUCUAAGGGGGAGGCCUUUGCCCAGCAGUGGGACACAAUAUAGGCUUGUAAUAAUAAUA